UGUAAGAUCACUUUCUUCUAUAUAAGAUUCUAUAUAUGUGAUUUUAUAUUUUUCUAUUAAAACGGUUGCCAAGAUUUGCUGUUUCCUUUUUAAACAAUUUUCUUCUUUGUUUUUAGAUUAUGUGUAUCAACUUAUAUUCAGACUGUAUAUAUAUAUAUAUAUAUAUAUGUAAGAAUGUCUCCGUUCUCAAACAUCAUCUGCACAAAAAUAUAUUAAAUUUUUUUAUUGUGAAAUUAGUUUUCUCAUUCGUUUAAAUAAUAUUUUCGUAGCAUGGAUCCACGAUUUAUAUGUUUUCUACUGCUAUCUUUUAUCGUACAAGCGACCACAGGCAGUGCUCCUACGAGGAACAUAACAGUACCAGCACUGAUAGUAUUUGGAGACUCAAUCAUGGAUACAGGAAAUAAUAAUGACAUCCCCACUCUUCUUAAGGCCAAUUUUCCUCCUUAUGGUCGAGAUUUUCCUGGUGCUAUUCCUACCGGUAGAUUUUCAGACGGGAGAGUUCCAUCCGACAUCAUUGCGGAAAAAUUAGGGAUAGCAAAGACACUACCACCAUAUUUAGGCUCGAAUCUAAAGCCAGAUGAUCUUCUAAAAGGUGUAAUUUUUGCUUCUGGAGGUUCCGGUUAUGAUCCAUUAACAUCUACAGUAUUGUCUGUCGUAUCAAUGUCAGACCAACUGAAGUACUUUCAAGAAUAUUUAUCAAAAAUUAAGCAACACUUUGGAGAAGAAAAAGUUAAGUUUAUAUUGGAGAAAGGUUUGUUUCUAGUGGUCUCUAGUAGUAAUGAUCUCGCUGAGACUUAUUUGGUUCGAUCAGUCGAAUAUAGUCGUAACUCAUAUGCUGAAUAUCUUGCUCAAUUGGCAUCAGAUUUCAUCAAAGAAUUAUCUGGACUUGGAGCUAAAAACAUCGGAGUGUUUAGUGGAGUACCGGUUGGAUGUGUACCCGCACAAAGAACACUAUUUGGGGGGUUUACAAGAUUAUGUUUUGAAGAUUUGAAUAAAAUGGCACUUCAUUUCAAUUCAAAGCUAUCUUCUAGUUUGGAUGCUCUAACGAAAGCGCUGCCCGGCAGAGUAGUAUACAUCGACGUUUACGAAACUCUUCUCGACAUCAUAAAAAAUCCUACAAAAUACGGAUUUGAAGUAGCAGAUAAAGGAUGUUGUGGUACAGGAUUAAUUGAGUUGGUGGAGUUGUGCAAUAAAUUUACUCCUUUUACAUGUUCGGAUCCAUCGACUUAUGUGUUCUUUGACGCUUAUCAUCCGAGUGAGAAGGCAUAUCAGAUUAUCACUGAUAAAUUGAUAGAUAAAUACCAUAAGUACCUUAAUAAUUGAAUAUGUUUAGUCCAGUGAUAUAAGUUAAGUAGGUACCAACCCACACUAUGUGUGGGAUAAAUCGAUUUAAAUAAAAUAUUAUGAGCAAAAUUAUUAUUUGAG